GACUGCCCCACUCGUCGAGGUCAUAGCCAAGCCGCUCGGCAUUCACCAAUUACGCUUGGAUCCAGCUCAAAAGCCUCGCCUGGCCAAUGCAGCUAGAGGCAACGCAAAGCCAAGCAUCGGCGCAAGGUAAGUUUGUUGAAAAUCGAAUGCGAUUGCUGUAACGACGGUGCUGCUAGUACGAUCGUCAAACUGUCGAGAAUACGACUGCACAGGCGCACCCUCGUACUUCUAAGACCAAUACACAUGGUUGUCCAAACACAACCUCAAGUGUGGACUCACCGCCUGGCUCGAUCAGAAUCCAGAGACUGAAAUCAGCGCGACUGGCUAAUAAAAGCUUGCUAUUGUGAGUUGUCACCUCGAGCUUGGCCCUCACCAGUGAAGCUGCCAUUCACUGCAAAAAGCCUCCUCCUGGAGGAGGGCGAGUCUGGUCAAUGCUGCAGCCAGGGUCACCACAGAGUCAAGCAUCGUUCCAAUUGUAAUGUUGCUGGCGUUCGAACGGUAGCAAUGGUCCUAUAACGCAACGCACGAGACGGAGCUGGUUACUAAUCCCAACACGAUCAGUAAGCUGAUCAAGGUGAGAUGGCGCAAAGGUAUCCUUGCAUGUUGGCAUCCUUACACGCAUGCUUGACAACGUACACAUUCAAAGAUAAACUCACGGCCUCGCUCGAUCAGGAUCCAGAGACUGAAACCAGCGCCAACAGGGUAAUACAAGCUUGCUGUUGUGAGUCGUCACAGCCAGCUGGGCCUUCACCGGCGAAGCUGCGAUUCAGCGCAAAAAAAAACUCGCAUGGACAUUGCUGGAGCCAAGGGCACCACAGAGUCGAGCGUCAGCGCAACUGCAAUGUUGCAGUGGCUCUGCAGCGCACGAGACGGAGCUACUAAUACGACCAGUAACCUGUCCAAGGUGGGAUUGCUCAAAUGCAUCCCUGUAUCCAGGCGGUAGUACACGUAUGCUUGAGAAUAUGCAGAAUGAAAGGUGGAAUGAUGGCCUGGCUCGAUCAGGAUCCAAAGACUAAAAUCAGCGCCGAUUGGCUAAUAAAAGCUUGCUAGUAUAAGUCGUCACCUCGAGAUCUGGAAGUGUGGCCACAAGCUUCUAGCGAACUGCCACUGCACAGCGCACCUUGACGGUCAGAACAAAUUGCUGGCCGAAACUCGCCAGACCUGGACCCUCUGGGCUCGAUCAGAACGCAAACGUGUGAAAUCAGUGCCGGCUGGCUCAGCCUUUACGAGUAUAGUUCAAGCUCAUCACCUCGAGCCUGUUGCAGCCCCUCCCAAUAUCAACUGUUUGUACAUCACGCAUGCGAGCUCUGAGGUCGGAACGCCUAUCCACCACCGCACCGACCACACCUUGAGGUGUGUUCGAGGACCUGAUGGCUGUCUUGUGAAACCAGGCCACUCACCGCACACUGCAGAAGUGCGUAGAGAAGGCUGCGCUACGACGGCUGCAGCAUGCCCCGAGACAAGCCCACGAUCGCCGAAGACCCCCACAUCCUUACCCAGUCGUUCGGAUUUCACCAAUGAAGCUGGGGCUCACUGGCAACAACCUCGCCUC